AUGCCCUUCGAUUUCAAAGCCUACGACGCAAAAUGCAAUGGCCUCACACCCGAGGAGCUCCAAAGGGAGUGGGAGCAUUACACACGCCUCGUUUCCGGUGCUGCUACCUCGACAGCCGUCUCGGGAAUCGCCAUCCCGUUAACCAUGGGAGUUUCUACCAUCGGCGUCGCGAUGGCUGCGCCUGCCAUACACAACGCACGCAAGAAGAGGGAAAUCAUUGAGAGGCACCUUCAAAAAUACGGGUUGACGCAUCUUACCCGCAAGCGUGACGUGCUGGGAAGCAUGGCCGUUAGCGGAACCAUCGGUGUCGUGACCCUAGGUGUUGGAAGCAUGGGUGCCGAUGCCGUAGCCACUGCUGGAGCAGAGCACGGGAUAUCUGCUAUUGUCGAGAACGAUACAGCCAUUAAGGUGGUCACUCAUGCCGCCCUUGAUGGAGCGGGAUUAGGGAUUGAGCACGCACACACAAACCAUCUGAAGAAGAAGGAUGCCCUGAAGGCUUUCAAGGCUGCCGGCGUCUUUCAAGCUGUACGGGACGCAAAGGAAGCACCACAGGACAACCAAUACCAGUCACAACUACAGCAACCAUAUCUGCCCGUUUACCAGAACCCGCCACAGUAUCAUCAGUCACUUGGCAGCGUAUAA